AUGGCGAACCUUUCCGAUCUCCCCGCCGAACUCUUUCAGAUAGUUAUACACGAGCUUGUCAUCACCUCCAAAAAUCCUUCUGAUGCUUGGUUUCCUCCCCCCCAAUCGAAAAUUGAUCCACUUUGGAAAUUACGAGGUGUUUGUCGUAGCUUCGCUGCGGAAAUCGAACGCGAGGUCUUCUCUCAACAGCCAAGGGAGUUCUACGGCAGCCGUCACGUCCAGCGCCUGGUCAGGACGCACUUCGCGCCAUUCAUGUUGCAAGUCUCCCGGAAGCCAGGCAGUGUAAAUGAGAAAAUGUUCAAACGGCUCCAACGUAUGGUUCAGUACAUCGCGGAACAGGUCGAUUAUGAAGACAAAGAGCAACGCAACGAAGUCAUUGACAAAACUUACAACGGCUUGAGUAAGAUCCUCAUGAUGGAUGAUGUACUUCAUGCCUUGUUGUGUGAUAGUGUGGGUUGCUCGAGAUGCUCCAAAUUGCUCGGUUCGGAGCUCCCCAUACGUCUUCCCUAUCACGAUAAGUUUUGCGCUGCCCUAGCCGCUGGCAAUCAUCGUCUUCUUUCCAAAAUUCUCCCAAAGCUUGAUGCCAAAGACGGAGAUCAGCUCAUCACCGCGCAGCCUAUCUGGUUCGCAAUACGAGUACGUGACUUGACAUCGCUGAACAACAUUCUCCGUUAUCUCGAGACACAGCCCCCGUCAACACAAAUCUCCCUUACGAGUUACUACGGGAUGUUUUCCAUCUCGAGGUGCAUUAGCAUCACACUGUCGCAGAAAUAUCAUCCCGCUGCUCAGCUUCUGCUCGACUACUACGAGAAGAAUCUGCCUUGUCCUCCAAGCAGGAUCUACAGCUGGUGGGUCGCCCAAGCAUCCGCAAAUUGCUCGCUCGAUCAGUUACAAGCCCUCAAGGCCGUUCUCCGCUUCAAUGCUGGUAGCAGGAACUUGAUUGAACAUGACACGCUUGCUGCUGUGUACGCUAAAGGCAGCUCUGCGGCUAUCCAGGAGGUCCUUCAGCAUGUCGAAGACAUCAACGGAGGAACACUAUUGACAGCACCUAUCUUCAUUGCUGUUCGAUCUGGACGUCCAAUCGCUAUACAGGCUUGUCUUCAGGCAGGCGCUAACGUCAACCUCUCCAUGCGGCCCAACAUGCGGGCGAUUGGCAGGACACACAUAACCCCUGUCGAAACCGCUGUCCAUCGACAUGACGUCUCGAUUGUGAGAACACUUAUCGAAAAUGGCGCGACGAUUCCGCAUAUCUCAAAAUGGCCAACACAUGCUCGCACGUACCGCUUACUAUAUGAGGCUGCAUCGAAACUCACCGAUGUCGUACUCCCUGACCUGGAGCAUUUCAAAAGAUGUAACAAGAACGAUCUGAAGGCGUUGAAAUAUUAG